AUAGAAAGAGAAAGACAUAUUUCUGUUUCGUGUUCUUUUUCUCACGUAGCCUAAACUGAAUCCUGCUAACCGCUGACAACUCACAUUGCCCCAAUGCAUUUCUCAUUAUGGUUUGCUUAUCCUUAGAUAUGUCCAGACAUUGAAUUGGUGAAGACAAUGAUGUUGUAACUCUGUGAAUAUUAUGUAGAUUGAAACAUUUCAGUUGGCUUUUGACUGACAUGGAGCCUAAACCAUGCCAUAAAGUGGACCAAGAUGUUGUCAGUAUGAUGGAUGAGGAAACCCUGUCAAAGUACAUUCCUCAUUUUGGAGACCGUGUGUUUGCCAAAAAUUGGACAGGCUCAGCCUCAGCAGAAGCUGGGAGCAAUGCAGAUAAGAAAAAUAAACUUAUAGAACGCUUGCGAGGUAAAAUUAAACUUCCAAGCUCUGGCCAAGCAACAGCAAGCUCAUCAAAUCAUACUUGCUCUGGACCUGGUUUGGGAAACAAGAAUGCUGCACGAAAAACAAGAAAAAUAGAACUGGGUUGGAUGAAUUAUCAAGAUGGUUAUUUCAGGCAGGUUAGACGACCAACUGGUGGGGGCACAAGAGAGAUCAUUGCCAGGAAAGAUGACACUUUGAACAAAAUUCUAGGAGAUGGGAAGAAAAUAUUUUUUCCCAAGGGUAAAUCUUCAAAAGGAAGAGUUGAGGACUUUGACUUCACACUUUGUGUUAUGGGCUCAGAGGAGCCCUUAGAUUGCACACUUACAGUUGGGGCGUUGUACGAUACAACUCAUCAUAAAAUUCUCAGGUUGUACAUUUGCUCAAAGAAAAGUGAUGAUUCAGAUUUAAGUGACUCAUCAGCACAAGCCAAGUCACCAGAGAGAUCCCAGACAGCAGAGGCUCCCACCUCACCAGAUCUUUCCCCCAAAUCUUCCUCUCAUACCAUGUCACCUGAGUGCUCUUGGAGCUCUCUGUCCUCCGACGGGCCUUUGUCUAGCUCCAGCCCUUUCAUGCAUGCAGGUGUACCAUCAACUUUGAUUUCGAAUUCUACCCCAACUUCUCUACAAACGACAUCUAAACCAUCUAUGGCCCAGAUAUUUAGUCUAUCUCCUGAUAAUGAAGUUAUUUUCCUUGAUGAUGAUGGAAACAUUUCCUUGGAUGUUCUCUGUGACACACUGAUUUAUCAGCCUAUCCAUGCUUCUGAGCAGCAGGCAUCAGAUAAUGUCAUUGAACUUCAAGUGGAUUCCAACCCUGCCUUCCAGUACCAGAGAUUGCAGAAUAAUCCAGCAAGUGAUAGAAAUCCUGAGAAUCCUGAAUCCAUGACUGAAGUACAAAGUUCCAACCUUGUGCCCACAACAACUCCGUUGAUAGUCAGUCAGCACCACCUGAAGUCAUAAAUCAGGAAGCAAGUUCAAACCACACCUCAACAACCAGCUCAUCUGUACAUUUCUAUGAGAAUCCAGAGAACAUAGUUGAGAAGCAGACCAUUAUCAUUCGCACAGUGCAUUGUCUUUCUGACAUGAUUGAGGCAUUUUCAGAUGAGAAUAUACUACAUGCCAAUAUUAGGCGUGUGCUGGAAAAUGGUGAGUUGGAGAAUGGAGUUGGAAGUGGGCUUGUUAUGGACUGUCUCACUGAUUUCUGGAGCAAAUUCUAUGCAUCAAGAACCUCUGGAACCACAUACAAGAUCCCUACAUUGCAUCAUGCCUUUCAAGAAAGGGAGUGGAAAGCUGUUGCCCGUAUUCUGGCCUUUGGAUGGCAGAGAUUUGAAUACAUACCAGCUCAGCUGGCUCCACCAUUUCUUAAGGAAGCCCUUUCCAUAUCUUCAAAAAAGAAGGAUGAGAAGGAUGCACUUACAGAGGCUUUGACUGAUUUCAAGGGAGCUGAUAUGGAAGAGCUUCUCACCAUUCUGAGCAGUCACAACUGCACCAUUCUACCAACAGAACAAAAUUUACCAUAUUGUUGAAAGAAAUCGCACACAAGGAGUUGGUACAACAGCCAUCAUUUAUAAUAAAGUGCUGGAAGCCAGUCCUGGAAACUAUUGGAGAGUCUUUGAGUGGUGGAGUGCUGGACAAGAUACUUGCUAAUCUUCAACCAAAGGCAAGAAGUAUCACAAAAUACAUUCAGUUUCCAAACUCAAUGUCACCAGCAGAGAGGACCACCUCUCUUCAUCUUCUGAGAUUUGUCAGAGAAAUUGAUCAGAGAGAGAUUGGACAGUUCCUUAGGUUCUGCACAGGGUCUGACCUUUUUCUGUCAAAAACCAUCAAGGUUACAUUCACCGACAUGUCUGAGUUCUCCCGAAGGCCUGUGGCCCACACCUGCACUUGUGGACUGGAACUUGCAUGCAACUACAGCACUUAUUCAGAAUUCAGGUCAGAGUUUCUGUCUGUGUUGCAAAGUGGAAUAUGGGUGAUGGAUAUGGACUAAAAAUAGUAUGUGAAGUGAAGACCUCAGAAUGGUCAUGGCUGUGAUGUUCUUAAGAAAUUGCACUGAUCUUUAGCAAUGAACCUGCACAUGUAUACAUCCAUCAGGGAGCGAAACAUAGAUUAUACCACUUAACUACAAUCAGCCACUAGGCGUCUUUCAACAGUGUCAUGAGGACCAUAAAUGCUACAAACAUUACACUAAGGGCUAAGUAUUUCAAAGACUACAACAUAUUGUUCUUAGAGGAGCGAUGUUGUGUUUGUUGUAAUUUGUAAAUGUUGUAUUUCUAGAGCAUUUUGUAUACAGUAUAUUUGUUUAGCAUCCACAAAGGUGGAACAGUGGCUUAACCAAAAGCCAACAAUGUCCUAUUAACUUCAAAAUGUUACAUGCUUGAAGAUACUUUACAGAGAUAAUGCAUUUUGAUAAAAUUUUGCAGUUUUGCACAAAAAGUUGAAGUUGUUUACAGAAGGGUUAAGAAACUUACAAGUUAUUUUGACUGAACCUAUAAUGUACCAGAUAGCAAAAUCUGAAGGACACAUGAGAUCACUUACAUGAUUUGAGAGGGUUUUCACUACAAAGGUGGCUUAAACACUUAUAAUUACAUAAUAAUAUACAUAUACAUACAUUACAUUCCCACUCACAGAAAUAAACAGAAACUCAAAACACUCAUUACUCAAAUGUAACCGUGUAGUUCAUUCAUUUAAAUAUAAUUUGUAUGUAUCAAUGUUGUAGUAGAAGGAGGUAGAUUUUUCUUUUCAAUUUAUGAUCUCUUUAAAAUUCAAGGCACUGUGGAAAAAAAGUCACACUUGAGUAAAUAUUUCAAUAAAGACAAUUUAUUUACAAAAUAUAGAAAUGUGACGCUGUAUUCUUGGAAAAGUUGUAUGUAAAAACUGGCCAACUGUUUGUGGUUGAAUGUUUUUCCAUUGUUGUUAAAAUUAAACCUAAACAGUGUUUGUAAAUUACAGUGUUUGUAAUGCUAGGCAGAUCUUCAAACCUGGAAGAGUUUAUAUUGCCAGUACUGUUCUAUGUUGUCAGUGUCAAAUUCAAAGUGCUAUAUAUACAUUUUUCUAAACACACUUAAAUGAAUAUUUGACUUAAGUAGAACAGGUUUCAGCAGUCUUACCUCUAUCUAAAGUUAUACAAAUAAGCUAGUGACCACUGCCCUAUAUGCUGCCAACACCAUCAUUCCUCCCAGGUGUCAGGCCCCUUAUUCUCUUCCUUUGAUUCAAGAAAAAACAUUACACAGAAUAUUGCUGUAUUGUUUGUUUAUAAUUCAGAAGUAUGAUAUUUACACUCUUUCCCAUCCUUCUCCACCUCCAUGCACUCCUGGAAGGAUUCCCCCGGGAUUCUCCGCUGUUCCAUCUAGAUUCGAGGAGGAUUAUU